AUGCGAACUGAUGAUCCUGCAUUUUUAGCAGUUCAAAAUCGAUUACGUUACGGACAAUGCACAAUAAAAGAUCAUAAGCUACUUUCAACACGCGUAAUUGAUCACCGAAGCUGUCCAGUUAAAUCAUUGGACGAGAUCGAAUGGAGAGAGGCCCCAAUUCUCGUUUUCCGUAAUGAUUUGAGAACAAAAUUGAAUAAUUUGGCGAUUAUAUCGAAAGCUCGUGAAAUUGGUGAAACACCUGUCGUAUGUGUGGCACAAGACAAGUUCAAUGCUGAUUCAGUUGUUAACGAAAAAUUGCGGGAAUACAUUUUGCGCUUGCCCGAUAACAAAACCAAAGGAUUAUCUGGUUACCUGUUUCUCGUCAUAGGUAAACUUUUAUUGCUAAAUAUUUCCAGACUACCAUUGUUUCUUUUCCUUGACCGCCUAGGUAUGCCGUUGCUGUUAACAGCUAACUUGGCCACAGAAUUACGUCUUUCAAAUGGAACAGUCGGAACACUCCGAAAAUUAGUCUAUGAAGAUGAACUUAACAACGAAGCAAGCACAGCACCCACAACGUGUGAUUUUCCACCAGAUACGAUGUUCGUUAGAAGACCAUUGUAUGCGUUGGUGGAAAUUCAAAAAUCAAACAUAUCGUCCAUACUGGACACAUUACCUCAAAAAUUAGUUCCAAUAGCACUUGUUGAAGAAACAUUUCAAGUAGAGUGUAAAGAACUGUUACCGGAACGAGAACGAAGGAAGAAUGUGGUAAAAACAAAAGUGAAAGUAACCAGGAAACAAUUUCCCUUUGUGCCAGCCUAUUCAAUCACAACAUAUAAAAGUCAAGGGCAGACAAUUCCAAAAAUUGUGGUGGAUCUCGUUUUUCCACCAGGCUGUAAACCACAAGUUGCAGCAGCCUACGUGCCAAUAUCGAGAGUGAAAAAGCUUGACGAUCUAAUACUUUUACGAUCCUUUCCACUGUCGGCCCUGCGGGUUAAUCCAAAUCAAGAUCUUCUAGAAGAACUUGACAGACUUGAUCAACUGGAUAAAAUAACAAAAAGGCGUUUUGAAUCUCGAGUGUAA